CGGGAAGAUGCUGAGCAGGUGCUCUUCGGUUGUGAAACUAUAACUGUAAGUGUAUUAUACAUCUAAAUAUCAAGAGCACUACUUCAUACGACUACUUUGCCGCGGCUGUUGCAGCAGACAAGAACCUGAAGAAGGGAGGAGAACAAGUCAGAAACAGACGAUGUCAAGUUCCUCAGAAGCAGAAAAUGCUCCUGCGCAAGCAGCCCAAGGAGAAGGAGCGCCACCUGGAGCACCAACAGCUCCAGCAGCGCCGCCGCCACCACCAGCACCAACAUUCACCAAACUGAAGAUGCCGCCAGAGAAUUAGGGCUUUGAUUUUUGGGAGUGUGAGGAGUCUCGAACUAGAUUCAUCUUCCAUCAAAGUGAAUGAAAUCUACUACGCCUUGUUCUGCGAGGAUGAACAGUUGGACUUUUAGGCACUCUUUUUGGUAUAGUUUUUUGCUCCCAAACUCCGCAAUAGGUCCGUCGUGUCUCUUCCUCUUCUACUAAGUAGAAGCUCGUCACGACAACAACAUAAGCAAGUCUCUCCUAGCUUUUUACAGCAAGAUUCAUCUUCGAGGUUCUUCUAAGAUCCAUUCCUGCAAGUUAGAAGAGCAGCACAACG